GGUCCGCGCGGGCGCGAGCCUGUACGUGCUGUGCUGUGAGGGGGAGGAGCUAACUGACGGUGCUGAGCAGCAAUAAGAUACCGCCGCGAGAAGAGAGAGAGAGAGGGUGGCUAAAAUUUAUGCUUCAUCUACUUGUAAAAUACAGAAAACAGAAGAUUUGGGGAAAAGUGCAGAUUAUCAUUAUUAUUGAUGAUGACCUCCACUGGGAAAACCUCUAAUGGACGCCUUUCUCACUCUACCAUAAUGCCUGAUCUACUACGUCUUACCGGUGAGCCGUAAAGGUCUCCCAUAUACAGACGCUCAUAAACAGUAAGAACCUGAUUUGCUCAUGCUGGUUUGGCUGGUCUGUCCAACUUCCUACUAUGAAGAGGCCCAAGCAGCAGUCCCAACCCUUUAGCUUCCUCAGCUUUUUCAGCCGCAAGCCCAAAUCGGACCCGAAGACUGAGAAACCGACCACGCCGAGCCGAGAAGAGGUGGCCAUUACCCUAACACCCAACGAGCAGGAGCCGGCUGAACAGGAUCCGAGCCUUAGUGAGCGAGAGGAUGGUGGAGAGAGUGGUGAAGGGGGUCUGGCGAAGGGCGAAGUGGUCGGGGGCGAGCAGCAGGUGGCAGAGUGCGGUAGCAGCGGCUCCACAGGGGUCCUGUCUCUGUCUUCAUCCAGCCAGGAGCAGCUGUUGGAGCACCUGGUGGAGUGUCCCUUGUGUCUGCUAAGCCAGCCUCGCGGUCACUUCCCCCGCUUGUCCUCCUGCCCGCACCGAGCCUGCGCUGACUGCCUGCGCCAGUACCUGCGCAUUGAGAUCUCGGAGAGCCGAGUGGGCAUCGCCUGCCCGCAGUGCCCUGAGGCUCUGGCCCCGCCGGACGUCCGAGCAAUCCUGGACGAUGGUGCCCUGCUGGAGCGCUUUGAGGAGUUCCAGCUGCGCCGCUUUCUUGCCUCUGACCCCGACACACGCUGGUGCCCCGCGCCGGACUGCAGUUAUGCAGUGAUCGCCUAUGGCUGUGCGGAGUGUCCUAAGCUGAGCUGCGGUCGAGAGGGCUGCGACACUGAAUUCUGCUACCACUGCCGUCAGCUCUGGCACCCUGACCAGACGUGUGACCAGGCCAGGAGACAGCGCGCUCGCCACACCUCUGGUGCUGAUGCCUCCACACUGUAUGUCUUCAGCGAGGAACCAGGAGGAGAUGCGGAGGAGAUUAAAGCAUGUCCUCGCUGUGGUGCCUAUAUCAUGAAGACCAACGAUGGCAGCUGUAACCGGAUGAACUGCACAGUGUGUGCUUGUCAGUUUUGCUGGCUGUGUAUGCAGGAGAUCACAGACGUGCACUACCUCAGUCCCUCAGGCUGCACUUUCUGGGGAAAGAAGCCGUGGUCCCAGACGCGGAAGGUCCUGUGGCAGGUGGGGAUGCUGCUGGGGGCUCCAGUAGUGAUCUCACUCAUAGCAGGCAUUGCCAUACCAGUCAUCAUAGUGGGCAUCCCUAUAUACAUGGGCCGCAAGGUCCACAGUCGCUGUAAGAAAAACAAUAUCUCAGGAAGUAAACAUUACUUGACAGUGGCCAGCGGGGUCAUGACAUCAGUGUUUGUGUCUCCAGUCAUAGCGGCCACUACUGUGGCGGUCGGAGUGCCUCUGAUGUUGACUUAUGUUUACGGAGUGGUUCCUAUGUCGCUGUGUCGGAAUGGCUGGUGCAGGCCUCAGACCGAACCCCCUGACACACGCAAGAUCCAGCUGGAGGACCUGGCUACUUAUCUUUUGUUUUCUCAUGUAGUCAGUGACCACUGGACCGGAGAGCCCAAGCCCCCUGUGAAUGAUGCCGCUGUCCAGGAAGUGAGUGUGAAUAUGGAAGAAGUGGCAGCGCUGCCCAGUACCAGCGACGUCCUGUCACAGCCCGAGGCCUCGCCUGAGUCGCAGGAUGAUGAACAGGCAGACAGCGCCGAGCAAGAUGACCAGUCUGAUGAUGAUGAUGAGGAUGAUGAUAAUGAUGGAGAUGCAGUUGAAAAUGGUGCCUUCAGCGGCACACAGACUUUUGCCUUGAGGGAGGGGACCAACAUUGAGGUGCGGGUGGAGAUCGAGGCUCAGCCGAGGAGAGGCCGGCAACCCAGCCUCAGCAGCGUCCUCUCCAGCAGGAGCCUGUCGUCAGAGUCCCUGCAUCAGUCCAACGAACCUCUCUGUGCCUCAAAACAUCCAGCGGGCAGAGACCCCCCGCCACUCACCGAGACCGACAGCGUCUGAGCUGCAUCCAGGCCACACCCGCUUCCACCGCCCACUGCACCGCCCACCAGCCGCUUCUAGCCUCUGCCUCUUAACGCAGAGUCAGCGACAUGGAGACCAAUGGAGUGAGAGAUCAGGAGAGGAAGCGAGAGGAAGAGAGAGAGAGGGGGCAGGAGGGAGAAAGAGUUCUGGACAACAGUAAAAGAGGGCAUGGAGACUUGCAUCCCGGGCAGCUGUCGAAAACGCCGCGAAGAGGAUUACUGACUAUACUACAAACUAAAAUGACAGAGAGCAUGUUCGUCAAGUAGUCUUACGGUCAUUAGCUCUUUUUUUUACUGUGUUGCAAUGAAGAGCCUAUUGCCUACCCGGAUGGUGUUCUUUUCUAAUUUAUUCAUUUAGCCCUUCUUCUAGCUCCAGUAUAUACCCUUGUACUUAGCAGCUAUAUGAUUUCUCCCCUCUAAAUAACAAUAAACGGAAGAAACGACAGCAUGAUUUCCUCUGCAGGGCUCUGUGGCCUAGUUUGACUGGCAACUGUACACUGCCACAGUGUGGAAUCCAAUGCUUCCUUGGCUGGGGAUUGUAGUGCUACAGGCUACUGUGCAACAGGGUAUCUAGGGCUUUUCCUUAUGGGGUAAAUUCACUUAAAUUAUGCAAGUUCUUACAUAACACCAGGCCAUGCCCCAUUUGAAGUGGGAUGCAGUGAAAAUAAUGAGACUCAGAUCUGGAUUUAGCCCUCAUUCAUUAGUGUUCCCUGUGUGUAGCAAUUAGCCAAUAAGCCCUGUGAUUCUAACAGCGCAGUUCAAAAGAACUUGGCCAAUAUUUGCAUUGUCCAUAACAGUGUAUAAGACGACCACAAACUGCUUACUGAUGUUUAUUUCAACCUGCGUUGUUUGAUAGCGUUAGUAGUGGGCCACCAUGUCCAUGUCCAACUGACUGAACCAACGAAUUAGGCUCAGAAUAGAAAACUAGAUUGGGCACCUUGUUUACAUGGUUAUCAAUAGUUUGGUGACUUAAGAUCUUAAGAAGAUUGAUGUGUUCUACAGUUCUACAGUUAUCUGAACUGAUAACGCUGAUUUGGGUUUGGAAUGAUUUGGACAUGGAUUCAUCUGUUUUUAACUGGUGGAGCUAAUAAAGAUAAUAGUCUCUCCAUCCAUCCCAUCCACAGUAUAUGGAGGCGUGAAGCCAAAGUGAUGCUCCUUACAGAAAACACUCUUUCCGAUCUGCUCUUUGUGAGUCAGCACUAAUCGAAAACCCUCUCCUCAGCAUGUCAUCUGUUUCAGGUCUCUGCUUUCCUGAAAAACAGCCAGUGGAUAAGAAAUGAAAAAUGAAAUUUGACAUUUGACAUCAAUUAUUUGAUGUCUGUCGAUACACACCCACAGAUCCAAAGUUACUGAAAUGUGAAAUGGCCUGGAAAAUGAAAUGGUAUAUAAAUAAACAUUCUAAGUCAAAGACGAGGCUUA